AUGGAGACCGAAGCUACAGCAGGUGGUGAGGUCUUCAAAGGUACAUUUGCUGUGAUGAGUGGUACUGUCGCACCAAAACACGGUGGCCUGGUGGACUCACAUGCUUGGACAGGAGGUGAACCUAGUCCUGAUUGGAGCAAGGUUCUAAUUGAUGAACCAAUGACACCUUACUGUUACCAUGCGCAGGGAUUUGAGAAAGGCCUCAAGAUCUACACUUCGCGAACAGGGCAGGGUGAGAAAAGUGCAAAGUUGUUUGGUUGCUCUAGCAAGGACUACUCACUUUUGGCUUUCGCAACCGAUGCUCAAGAGCAUAUGGAGACGCAUGGGAUGGAUACGGUGUUCUACAUGAAGGACCCGUCAACGUCGGAAAUGAAAAACUUAUUCGACUUCCAUUCUCGUUUUACGAUCUCGCAAACCGAAGCUUGGAUUGACCUUGCAAGCAAGGAUGGAACUUUUGACAAGUACGACAAGAAAAACCUGAAGGAUUCCUGUACGUGGCUCAUGAACCACCUUGACUCGGAUUUGACUGCAAGUAUCCGUCCUUUUGUUCGUGGUGGGACCCUUACUGGGCCAACUGUCUGGAUGCGCAUUGUUGGAGAAGUGCAGUCGGAUUCUAUUCGACGCCUGAAGAAAGUGCAAGAAAAGUUGGAGACCCUCAAGUUGGCUUCUUUCAAGGGCGAAAAUGUUCGUGAGUUUGCACAGUCGUUCCUAGACUUGUGUAUUGAAUUGGAAAACGCGAAACGACUUCCCGAAGAUGUUCUACUUACCGUGGUUGAAGCUUUGUCGAAGUGUACUGUCGAAGAAUUUCGGAUCGACUUUAUGAGUAAGCGAUCCGCUGUCGAACGGUUCAUGCGAGAGACAGCCGGAAAGGAUUCUGCUACAAUUGCGAGGAUGUCGGACCGUCUUACCUACCGUGAUUUGCUCGACGAAGCUAAGUCGAAGUACACGUCGCUUCUCGAUAGUGGAUUAUGGGGGCCAGCUGGUGGGUCAGGUGACAAGUCUGGAGCCCCUGCUGGGUUUCUCACAAAAGCCGAAGUCAAUGUCCUUAUCCAAAAGGCCGUGUCAAGUGCCAAGAGUGGAGACAAAUCUGGUAUCACCUGCUACAAUUGCAAGGAAGUUGGGCAUUACUCUCGAGAUUGCAAGAACAAGCCUGCUGAUGGGAACGGAAACAGUUCAAAACCCAAGAAAUCCAAGGCAAGCUGGCGCACCGUUGCUCCAAAGUCUGGCGAAUCCGAAACCAAGACCGAAAAUAAACUUGAGUGGCACUGGUGUGCUCACUGCAAGGAAUGGCGUGUUGGACACGGCACCGCAACGCACGACCACAAUUUCAAACCGAAAGAAGCAAGCAACGGAAAGAAAGGACCCCAAGCUAAUCUCGCCGCAACUGGUGAAUUGUUGGGUGGUGGCACUCUUUCAAUGAGCGCCGGAGCCGGAUUUGGAUUGUGGACCAUCUACACCCACCCCCUUUCUUUUACUGGAUGGCAACAGAGGAAUGGUGAGUCCUGGUGCAAAGCGUCGCGUCGAAAGAAAUUUUCUCGAUCGUACGUACCGUUUGUUCGCCUUGGUGCCUACCCGACUCGUUUUGUCCUGCUUUCGAGCGUGAUGUUACCAAUGUCGGUUGUUUCUAUGGUUCUCGGAGGGAGAGCCGAGUCUUUCGGAAGUCACAUUGUGGCCCGAUGGUACUCAGCCUGGUAUGGAGGAGAGCGCGGUGAACAGCGAGCCGUUCGCGUUCGUGUACGGCGUCGUCGCCCCAAUCUCAAUUACCAUGGCACUUGGAAAAUUCGUCCGCCUCCAACCCCCUUCUUUGCGACUGAAGUUCCCGUCAUUCCUAAAUUUUCGUGGGGUGCCGCCUUCGCUGCAGAGGGAGAGGAGAGACUGUGUCGUGAGCAAACGAGUGCGAGCGAAGUCGACGAACAGUAUGCCCAACCGAUGGCGUUUCUGGGCAGUGCUUUGGACAGUACUUACUGGUUUUCGAGAGGGAGCCGGGACGAGUUGCUGCAAACUUUUGCCGUCAUAUGGGAUACCGGAGCAACCCUGACCGUCACCCCGCAUCGCGAUGAUUUUGUCGAGUUUGAAAGUUACGACAAUGGCGGUCGACACGUACUGAAAGGUCUCGCGAAAGGCCUCACUAUUGGGGGAGCCGGAGUGGUUGCUUGGAGUGUGGUCGCUGACAACGGUGACGUACUGACGAUUCGUACGCCUGCUUACUUGGUACCUGAAGCUGGGCAGCGUCUACUGAGCCCGCAAUCUUUUCUUCAGAGUCUGGUAAGUCAGGAUCUUUCGGGUUCGCGACCUUCAAUUUCAAUUGGACCUAAGGCGUUAACCGUUGAGAUGGGGGCGCAAUCCAAAUUAACGGUUCCAUAUGAUGAGGGCAAUAAUCUACCAACCAGUCAGAUGUUUUCGGUUGAGUCAUCGGAAGAAUCUACUGUGGAGUUGAAUAUGUGUGUGACCGACGAGGCAAAUCAGAACCUAAGUGCGAGUCAGAAAGAGUUGUUGCGCUGGCAUUAUCGUUUCGGUCAUCGGAAUUUCCAAGCCGUGCAAACAGUGUUGAAGUCGGGAGUCCUCGGACGGACCCCACUUAUCAUGGGAGCUUCUAAGUGUGAGCAUCCUAAGUGUGCGUCGUGCCAAUAUGGAAAAGGUCGACGCAGGGCGACUGGCGCUUCUAGUACAAAGUCAGUGCCGGCAAAAGAGGGAGCACUUAAGUCUAGUGACCUUUUUCCGGGCCAGCGUGUCUCUAUGGAUCAUUUCAAGGUGACUCACAAGGGAAGGCUGUACGAAUCGAAAGGAAAAUCAUUGGCGGACACUAUGUAUUCCGGUGGAUUGAUAUUUGUCGAUCAUGCAAGCAGUUAUGUGCACGUUGAACUUUGUGUGAACUUUACGGCUGGUGAGACUCUCCGGGCAAAGGCGUCGUUUGAACGCGCAAUGCUAGAUCAUGGGAUCACGGUUCAGAGCUACCAGACGGACAAUGGAGUUUUCGCAGCGAAGGAAUUUAUGUUAGAAAUUCACAACAUGCAACAGAGUAUUGGUUUCAGCGGCGUCGGCGCACAUCAUCAGAAUGGGGUUGCCGAGCGAUCAAUUGGAACUAUAAUGGCAAUGGCAAGGACGCUUAUGCUGCACGCGGCUAUUCGGUGGCCGGAUGUGAGUGACGCCUGCUAUUGGCCUAUGGCAGUUGACUAUGCAGUCUAUCAGUACAAUCAUGGUCCUAAGUUGGUGACAACGGCGGCUCCAAUAGAUUUAUUAUUGAAGACUAUGGUUCCCCGACACCGGUUGCAUGAUUUGCAUGUUUGGGGAUGCCCAGCAUAUGUUUUGGACCCGAAGUUGCAAGACGGACAGAAAAUUCCAAAGUGGAGCCCCCGUUCGAGACGAGGAGUUUUUCUUGGGCUGUCGCGUAAGCAUUCGUCUACAGUACCACUGAUAUUGAAUUGCGAGACACUUACCAUUUCUCCGCAAUUUCAUGUUGUUUUUGACAACUGGUUCUCGAGCGUACUUUCUAUGUCUGCCGAGGAGCCGUUUGACCCUAAUGUAUGGACCGAAAUGUUUGUCGGUUCCCGAUACGAGUACUUUUUCGACGCGGACGAUCCGGUUGAACUUGACGCAGAGUGGUUAAGCGAGCGUGAAAAGGAAGUCCGAAAUAUUCGCGACCGAGAGGACCGGGUGCGACCACAGCUAGAUUUGCGAGAUGGCGUGCCAAAGGGACCCAAAGUUGGUACUCACACAACCAAUCUAUCAUUCAAGAGGGAGAACAGAGCUACGGAUAUGCCGUUGCAGUUGCCUCCAACUACUCCAAUUGCCGUGUUGCCCACUACUGGAACUGAGGAAGAUCAAUUUCCCAUUUCUGAUCCGUCGGUGCCAGAAAGUCCUAGCAGUAACAAGCCUCCGAGUAUUUUGUCGCCUUCUAAAAUUUGUCGCGAGACACCGCGCAGCCCACCUCCACCUGAACCGGAACCUUGA